AUGCGCCUGUCCACCUCGGACGCUCGGACAUCCCCAGUGGAAACUGGUGGGACGCUGGCCAAGCGAAUACAGACCCCCCAGCUGGAAGGCAGGCAGCCCAGCUGGAGCAGCCGGUGUGGCCCCCUCAUCCUUGCCCCACACAUCCCCUCACUGAGUUCUCCGAACAGCCCUGCCAGCUUGGCAAGAGCCUCUAGCUUACUCAGGCCGCCCACUCCUGAGCUUACCAACCACCUCCCCUCCUCCACCAGCAACAGGGUACAACAGGCAGACGACAGGUCUGCUCCUGGCUGCUCCAUACCCUCCGAGCCGGUGGCCCAGGCGGUGUUUCCACAACCUGAGCCUGCUGCCCCCUCCACUGAGCUGGUCUGUAAUAGGACCUUCGACAAGUAUUCCUGCUGGCCAGACACCGCCCCCAACACCACAGCCAGCAUCUCUUGCCCCUGGUACCUGCCCUGGUACCAUAAAGUGCAGCACCGCUUCGUCUACAAGAGGUGCGGGCCCGAUGGGCAGUGGGUGCGUGGGCCAGGGCAGUCGUGGCGAAAUGCCUCCCAGUGCCAGAUGGACGACGACGAGAUUGAGGUCCAGAAGGAGGUGGCCAAGAUGUACAGCAGCUUCCAGGUGAUGUACACGGUGGGGUACUGCCUCUCCCUGGGGGCCCUGCUCCUGGCCCUGGCCAUCCUGCUGGGCCUCAGCAAGCUGCACUGCACCCGAAACUACAUCCAUGCGAACCUGUUUGCGUCCUUCGUGCUGAAGGCCUGCUCUGUGCUGGUCAUUGACACGCUGCUCAAGACCCGCUACAGCCAGAAGAUUGGUGAUGACCUCGGUGUGAGCGUCUGGCUGAGUGACGGGGCGCUGGCUGGCUGCCGGGUGGCCGCCGUGUUCAUGCAGUAUGGCGUCGUGGCCAACUACUGCUGGCUGCUGGUGGAAGGCAUAUACCUGCACAGCCUGCUGGGCCUCGCCACCUUCCCUGAGAGGAGUUUCUUCACUCUCUACCUGGGCAUCGGCUGGGGUGCCCCCAUGCUGUUUGUCAUCCCUUGGGCCGUGGUCAAGUGUCUGUUUGAGAACAUCCAGUGCUGGACCAGCAAUGACAACAUGGGCUUCUGGUGGAUACUGCGCUUCCCCGUCUUCCUGGCCAUCCUGAUCAACUUCUUCAUUUUCAUCCGUGUCCUUCACAUCCUCAUGACCAAGCUGCGAGCCCACCAGAUGCGCUCUACUGACUACAAAUUCCGGCUGGCCAAGUCCACGCUGACGCUCAUCCCUCUGCUGGGGGUCCACGAGGUGGUGUUUGCCUUUGUGACUGACGAGCACGCCCAAGGCACCCUGCGCUCCGCCAAGCUCUUCUUUGACCUCUUCUUCAGCUCUUUCCAGGGCCUGCUGGUGGCUGUCCUCUACUGUUUCCUCAACAAGGAGGUGCAGGCGGAGCUGCGGCGGUCCUGGCACCGGUGGCGCGUGGGCAAGGAGCUGCAGGCAGGACGCCAUGUCAGCAGCCACGUGGCCUCGGCCCAGUCCACUGAUGGCCCCCCCAGCGAGAAGCUGCUGCUUUCCAGGGGCAGUGGCAGCAAUGGGGCCAGCCAGGACCCCUUGGCAGAGACCCACGUAGCCGGCGACCGCUCUGGAUUGGCCGAGUGCCCCUUCUGAAGCCCCCGGAGCCCCUGGCGGGGCUGGACUCAGGAGCCGAGAGAGGGCACCGCCGGACAAUCCACAACUGAUGCCCCAAAGAACCUGGAGGGGUGGGAGUGGGACCAUGGCCCCACCGUCCUCACACCCCCAUGUGGUGAUCUGAGGGGCAGAGCUCCCCGCCUCACACCUGCUGUGUGGGGAAGCUGUUCUGUGAAUGCAUGCCUGUGUCCCCGUGUGUCUGUGUCCCCAGUGUGGGGAGGAAAUGCAUGUCCUCCAACAAUAAAGAGCUGGCGCAGUGA